ACAGACAGACCAGACGUGUGGCGGACAGACAGAUUGACAGACAGACACGACAAGCUAUGAAGAGGAGGAGGAGUGACUCUCCCUCCAGCAGCACAGCCUCAAGCCCAGAGAGGAAGAGGCGUGUGUCAUCGAGGGGGGUAUCCAGACCAGAUUCCUUGGCCCCACCCACAGCGCCAGCUGCAGCCCCACAGCGCCCCCCCUCCCUGAGACAGAACCUCCCCCUCCGACAGCCCCUCCCCCUCCUCAACGGGAAGGCGGAACCACAGACCUCCGGACGAACACGCAGCGCCAGGACACACACACACAGCACUGCAGCCUCCCCCCGUAACCCCUCCCCCCAGGCUACGGUCCACCUGAAUGGCCACAGUAGUCAGGUGACAGUGGGCGGGUCUACAGGUCGGAGGGGACGGAGACCCAGAGCAGUGACCCCUGAACCCAGUCCUAGCCCCGCCCCCAAGGGUCGCCCUCCCGGCAGGAAGAGAGGCAGGAAGUCCAAACAGGAACUAGAGGCCAUGAGGAGGAGGGGCCUCCGGCAAAGCUCCACCCCCGAGGACAAGCUCAACCAAUCCACAGGUGACGAGGGCGGGACUUCCUCCGCCCAGGGAGCGGCCGUGCUGUCGGGGGUCGGACUUCCAGGAACGCCACAGCGCCGCGGAAGGCCAAGACUGAUCAGGACAGAGGAAGCCCCUCCCCCUUCAAGCCCUGACCCUUCCCCUUUGAGGAGGAGCAGCCGGCGAAUCAACGACGAGAUGACUCCCCCUGCCCAGUCUCUGCACCAAUCACAGCACGUGAAGGUAUCGCCACAGGACGAGACCGACGAAGAAGAAGAGGAGGCGGAACAGGAAGGGGAGGGGUCAGCGGGGUCGAUGCGUACGCGUAACCGGGGACGACGGACGGCGUGCUACACGGAGGAGGACUCCGAGGAGGAGGAGCAGAGACAACUCCUGGUUGAAGACUCCUCCCUCACCUUUGGCACUUCCUCCAAGGGGCGUGUCCGCAAGCUCACAGACAAGGCCAAGGCCAACCUCAUCGGCUGGUAACCAUGACAACCAGCCACACCACCAUUAUUAUCGGAUGGUUACCACGACAAACACACCCUGGUAACCAUGACAACCAUGCAUUUACUUUGGGCUGGUAACCAAGACAGCUACACAGUCGUUACUAUGGGCUAGUAACCAAGACAACCCCCCCACUUCCAGACCAGAGGAGAAGGUUUGUCCGACUACGCCAUGCAGCUGUGAGCUCAUUGGUUGUAGGGCAGGGUGUGAGUGACGUAUCCCCGUCCCUGUGUGUCCAUACUCACCCUCCACUAACAUAGACCAGCCUGAAGCUCCUCUCCCACAAACACCUACUCUCCUGUGGGGUUUGACUUUGGCCCGUCUCCUGAACACACAACCACAUGACCAUGGACACACAUACACACGCUGUGAGUGUGGUCAACAGGACCGUAGACUGAGUGUGCUCUCUGACCGUCUCUCCGACCGUCUCUCUGACCGUCUCUCCGACUGUUCUCUCCGACCGUCUCUCCGACUGUUCUC